CAUCCUGGAUAUUUUGAUCCCUCCCCUAAUCAAUCUCUCUCUCUCUCUCUCUCUCUCUGCAACGUGGGAACUACCCGUUGGUGGGGUCCUUUCUUUCUUCCAGGGUCAUCCUCAUCAUCUUCAACUCUUCUGGGUGGGUAUUGUUGUAAAAAUGGCUACUUUGGCGCUUAACUCAUUAGCGUCAGUUGGGUUCACACGGCCUCAGUUCGUGUCGAGUUGGUGGGACGAGAUCAACGAGUCAACUCAGUGGCAAGAUGGCAUAUUUUUCACCCUUUGUGCUAUCUAUGCUCUUGUUUCUGCUGUUGCCCUUAUUCAACUUAUAAGGAUCGAUUGGAGAGUGCCGGAAUAUGGUUGGACGACGCAGAAGGUUUUCCAUUUAAUGAAUUUUAUUGUCAACGGAGUGCGGGCAUCGGUUUUUGGCUGUCAUAUGUUUGUAUUUGCUUUGAAGCCCAAGGUCUUAACGUCAGUAGUAUUGGACUUCCCUGGGCUGCUAUUCUUUACAACAUAUACACUGUUGGUUCUAUUCUGGGCUGAGAUAUAUUACCAGGCUAAAAGUCUUUCUACAAAUAACCUCAGGAUCUGGUACAUUGCAGUUAACUGCAUCGUCUAUGUGAUACAGGCUUUUAUCUGGAUAUUCAUAUGGAUGCAUGAUACCCGUUUUGCUGAAACCAUUGGGCAAAUAUUCAUCGCAGUGGUGUCCAUUAUAGCAGCACUUGGUUUCCUUCUGUACGGGGGAAGGUUAUUUAACAUGUUGCGGCGCUUCCCAAUUGAAUCAAAGGGGCGAAGAAAGAAACUUCAUGAGGUUGGAUCAGUUACAGCAAUUUGUUUUACCUGCUUUCUCAUUCGCUGCUUUAUGGUUGUAUUAUCUGCCUUUGAUUCUGACGCAUCUCUUGAAGUCCUGAAUCAUCCAGUUUUGGAUCUCAUCUACUACACGGUUGUUGAGAUACUGCCUUCCGCACUUGUCCUCUUUAUUCUGCGAAAACUUCCUACAAAAAGAGCAGCUGGUCAGUACCACCCGAUCCAGUAAGCUUAUAUUAUCGCCAUCAUCUGAUCUUUCUUUGACGAGGGUUGAGCUGAAUAUUGGAUCUGCGCUACCAUCUGAAUGCCCGACAUACUGUUUGCUCUGCCUGUCGAGGACUAUUUCCUCUUACCUGCUCCUCCUUGUGUGUUCAUGCAUCUCUUUUGCUAUGUUUUUGGUGUAAUAUUAUUGGUUAGAACUAGUUGAGGUUUUUCUAUCAGGGGCUUGAUGUUACUACGUUUAUUUGUACCAGUACAUCUGAAGAGAUCCCCUGAUUGUAUAAAGUUACAUUCAAUUUCAAUUUCAAUUUCAAUUUUUAUACAGAAAUCCGGGUAAUGUACUACCCCGUGACAAUCAACAACAUAUUUCGAUCAUAUUGUAGUAACUGUGAACUGAUUCAAGAAAUUAAUCAAUCGUCUGGUUCAAUCAUUA